GCGCGGCCUGACGGCGCGGCGGCGGCACCGUUUUCUCGGCUCGGGCCCACGCGGCGCGCACGCUGUGCGGGGCAUCAUGGCGGACGAGGAAGUCUUUAUCUUGCCAAAGAAGCAUAAGAAGAAAAAGGAGCGGAAGUCCUUGCCAGAAGAAGACGUAGCGGAAAUCCAACAUGCUGAAGAAUUUCUUAUCAAACCUGAAUCCAAAGUGGCGCAGUUAGACACAUCUCAGUGGCCCCUGUUGUUAAAGAACUUUGAUAAGCUAAACGUAAGGACGACACACUAUACACCUCUCCCUUGUGGUUCAAAUCCUCUGAAGCGGGAGAUUGGGGACUAUAUCCGGACCGGCUUCAUCAAUCUCGACAAGCCUUCCAACCCCUCUUCCCACGAGGUGGUGGCCUGGAUCCGACGGAUACUUCGGGUGGAGAAGACAGGACACAGCGGCACUCUGGACCCCAAGGUGACCGGCUGCUUGAUCGUGUGCAUUGAAAGAGCCACGCGCCUGGUGAAGUCCCAGCAGAGCGCAGGCAAAGAGUACGUGGGGAUUGUCCGGCUGCACAAUGCUAUUGAAGGGGGGACCCAGCUUUCUAGGGCUCUAGAAACUCUGACGGGCGCCUUAUUCCAGCGCCCCCCACUCAUUGCAGCGGUGAAGCGGCAGCUCCGCGUGCGGACCAUCUAUGAGAGCAGGAUGGUCGAGUACGACCCUGAGAGGAGACUAGGAAUCUUCUGGGUGAGCUGUGAGGCUGGCACCUACAUUCGCACGCUGUGUGUGCACCUGGGCCUGUUACUGGGGGUUGGCGGGCAGAUGCAGGAGCUUCGGCGGGUUCGUUCUGGAGUCAUGAGCGAGAAGGACCACAUGGUGACGAUGCACGACGUGCUGGAUGCGCAGUGGUUGUAUGACAACCACAAGGAUGAGCGCUACCUGCGGCGUGUCGUGUACCCGCUGGAGAAGCUGCUGACGUCGCACAAGCGGCUGGUCAUGAAAGACAGCGCGGUGAACGCCAUCUGCUAUGGGGCCAAGAUCAUGCUCCCGGGGGUGCUACGGUAUGAGGACGGCAUCGAGGUCAACCAGGAGAUCGUGGUCAUCACCACCAAAGGAGAGGCUAUCUGCAUGGCCAUAGCCCUGAUGACCACGGCGGUGAUCUCCACCUGCGACCACGGGAUCGUGGCCAAGAUCAAGAGGGUGAUCAUGGAGAGAGACACCUACCCUCGGAAGUGGGGUUUGGGGCCGAAGGCGAGUCAGAAGAAGCUGAUGAUCAAGCAGGGCCUCCUGGACAAGCACGGCAAGGCCACGGACAGCACCCCUGCUGCCUGGACGCAGGAGUACGUCGACUACAGCGAUUCGGCGAGGGGAGAGGCGGCGGCUGAUGUGGUCAAAGCCCCAUCGCUGGCAGCUGAGCAGGUGAAAUCUGCAAAGCGCAAGCGAGAGAGCGAAAGCGAGGAUGCUGCUCCAGUGGCCCCACAGCCGCUCAGGAAGGAGAAAAAGAAGAAGAAGGACAAGAAGGCAAAGGCAGCGCCUGAGAGUGCAGAUGGGCCUGGAGACGGGGUGCCAGGAGAGGGGGACAGCGACACCAUGAAGAAGAAGAAGAAGAAGAAGAGAAUAAAAGCGGAAGCGGUGUCUGACUAGCUGGGUCCCCCGAGCAGCGACCAGCUCCGAGGAGAAAUUCAAGCCUUAUUGAGAGAACCGGUUCCCUUCUGCCAGGGCGCGCGAGGCGGGCCCGGGGCGGGACGCUCCGGCGGUGUGAGUGACCGGUGUGGUCAUCCCUCCCGUCCUGUUUUAAGGAUGGGGGCGUGGAGGCGGCUCGGUGCCACUGACUUCUCUGCUCAGGAGUGGGGGCCUCACCCCAGUCUCAGCACUGCCGCCCCGCCCGCGCCCUCCCCCCGCAGUUUGUAGAAAUGGGUCUGCUCAGUGCAAUUCCUGCCAGGAAGCGGAGCCGCAGCCACCGCACGUUGCUGCCGGUGCACAAAGCUCUCCGCUGCCCUGUGAGGACGGGGUCUGGUGCGGAGGUCGCCGCUGCCUCCCGUUUACCUUCUGGACGUGGGUCCCCGGCCCGGCUUCAUCAACUCAUGCGUAGCGUUGUGUACCUGCUGCUUUGUGACAGGAGCCCCCCCAUUCCUGUACCCUCGUUCUCACCCUCUUUUAAAGGAAGAAAUCACUCAUUGCUGGGAGAAGACUUGUAAUUUUUACUUAUUAAAGUUGACUUAAGUUUCUUAAGCGUUCCUGUGGCUUGGCAGUCC